UUUUUAAAUCUGAGUGGGAAGGGGUAGGGUAGCUAAAUAACAUCUCCCCCACGUUAGGUUUGGAUCCAAUCUUCCCUCACUUAUUUCAGGGAUGGCAAAUGCCUGGAAAAGAGAAAACAACAAACAGCCUAAACUCCUAUCUCCCAUCCUUCUCAUCCUCUCACUCUCUCUCCUUCUCCUCCUCUUUCUCUUCUUCUUCUCUGCUCGGUCCCCGUCGAAUCCUCCUAACUCCACACUAUUUGUAACCCAAGUUUACCCAAUCCCUUCUUUUAAUUGCUUAGAAUCUCCACAAGCUCACCCUGUGAUUGCCAACAUUGUGGAAAACCUCAAAUACCCCUUUCUCUACUCUCUCUCAGAUUUUGGGUCUUUGCCUGACAAGCCCCACAAGAACAUUGUGAGGCUUCUGAAAGGAAAGCCUUUCAGGAAGCCAGAUAUUUCUGCCACGAUUCAGCAGCUUCUUGAAGGGAUGAAAGGAAGAAAUGGGUUGGUGGUGGAUGUUGGGGCUAACGUGGGAAUGGCGAGUUUUGCAGCCGCGGUAAUGGGUUUUAAAGUGCUGGCUUUCGAGCCAGUGAUUGAUAACCUUAAGAGGAUUUGUGAUGGGAUUUGGUUUAAUCGUGUUGCGGACCUGGUUACUGUUUUCGAGGCUGCUGUCUCUGAUCGGAUUGGGAAUAUUACUUUUUAUAAGCUGGUAGGUCGGCUUGACAAUAGUGCUGUCUCUGCCAAUGGUGCAAAGUUGGCGUUCAAGUCCAACGAAGAAAUAGCCUUUCAAGUAAGGACCAUUCCCCUUGAUGAGCUAAUUCCAAAUUCAGAACCUGUGUUGCUUCUCAAAAUUGAUGUCCAAGGAUGGGAAUAUCAUGUGUUGAAAGGGGCCGUAAAAUUAUUGUCAAGAAAGAAAGAUGCUGCUCCCUACCUAAUCUACGAGGAGGAUGAACGGUUGCUGCAAGCGAGCAACAGUAGUGCCAAAGAGAUCCGGGAUUUCCUCCAUGGUGUUGGAUAUAGCCAUUGUGUCCAGCAUGGUACAGAUGCCCAUUGCACCAAGGGUUAACGAGCACAAGACCGUUUCUUGGGAAACACAACCCACCUAACUGAAUGGCCUAGUUUCCAGACCUCACCUCACCCCUUGCAAGGAAAUGUAAGACAUUUGGCUGCUUGGUGUUUGUCAUUUCUUCGUGCCGUGAGAAAUUUUCAGAUAUGUAGAGUUUGCAUGCAAGACACUUGGCUGGCUGCUUUGGUGUGUGCCACUUCUUGCCACGGGAAUUUUUCAUGCAAGUAGUAAGCUGUUGUAGGUGACUGCAAUAUAGGGCCUUGGCAUCUGUACUGGCUGAGAAAGGUCAAGUUUUCUUGGAUGCGCAUUCGAGCUUUUCGAUUGUAACUUUUAUGGAUGCAAUGAUGUUUUUCUUCUCCUCUCUUUUGUUUAAGAAAAUCUAUGAUUGAUUUUUAGCC